UAAUGUGCAGAAAUAAUUCUUUGGUAUUGGCACAUUACGAUAUUUGACAGUAAUUGCACACAUUAAUAUUAUUGCUGACCAAACCGCAGUCUUCGAUUUACAGCAGACAGACCCAACAGUAGACUUUUACUCUGGUUGGCUUUUGGCUAAAUAAAGGGUCAGGUGUUCUUGUGGCUUACGUAGUGUCGUCUGUCGACGAGUAUCGACUGUUCCGUAGGCAUUAGUGAAUCAAUGAAAUGGUUGAUUCUAGUGUGAAUGACUUUUUGUCACAAUAUAAAUCGAUCUCAAAUAAACUAAAAAAGAGGUUUCUUCGAAAACCAAAUGUUGCUGAGCCAAGCGAUCAGUUUGGAGCUCUGGGAGUACAGUGUGAGCGGGAUGAGAUGCCUCAAUAUGCAGGCUUGUGCUACUUGGCUGUGUCGAGGUGCGAGGCUGCCCUUAACAACCCGACAGGCGAGGCCUGGGCACAGGCAGCAAUUAGUAGCCUGGGACGAGCAGGGUUGCUGUGGCCCUCAGAGCCAGAGAGGUUCCUUGCAGCAGGGCUGGCAUUGGAGACUGGCACUGUGUUGCGAACGGACCGCCCACACCAGUCCGCCGCUAGUCUGGUGACUGCUGUCAACCUACUAACUGACCAUCCACCCCUACAGUUGCAUGCUCUACUAGACCUAGCUAGUUGCCGUAUCCGAAUGGGCGAUCUAGAUGGAGCACUUUCAGUUCUCAGUCAGACAGUGUCUGUUGUUGAGAUGAUAGCAGAUCCACCUUUUGGUAUCUAUGCAGAUAUUUUACUGAGUUGUGAAGUAAGUCGAGUGCUACUACUGUUGCUGUUGAGGCCUCCACCACAGCUGUUACCUGCUCACCUGACAGCUGUCCUGGAGAGGUAUAGUUGGCUGGGAGACACAACAGAAUGCCCUGUGGCGUGGAUGUGUGAGGACCUGUACAUGACGCUGCAGUCACUGGUGAUGGCCUGCCAGUCACAGGACAGUCACAGCCUCAUCAGUGUUGAAGGAGAACUGUGGAAACACCUUGACAGUCUGCAGCGGACACUACUGCGAUGUCUGGUGGACACUGUCACAUCGGCCUCUGACAAUUAACAUCACAGAGGGCAGCACUCAAGAAAAGUUGGUUACUAUAUUUUAUUACUUAUAAUGACAGGGUGUUGUUUUUGAUGUGUAUUAACAAAGUUAGAAAUGUGAGAAAAUUUGAAUGACUGUCUCUUAUUGUGAGGUAUGUUAAAUAUUAACUCAAUGUAAUUUUUUCUCAAAGGACAGAGUCAGCAAAAAAUGAAAAAUACAGAUGCCUUGAUGAUAUAUUUUGAAAAUCUGAGUGUAGUACUAAAAAAUGAAGCAUAGAAAAACCAUGCACUGUACAAACAGUAUUCAUGAUAGAUCACCGGAGGUUAAAGUGACCUGUGUUGGUCUUACUUCUUUUGCUGCCUAUUUUAUGGUCUUAAAGAAGGAAAACACUGAACACUGAGGAUUAUUACUUAUUAAAUAGCCAGUAGAAAAUUAACUUUAGUUAAGUAACAUAAAGAAAUUUAAAUAAAUGAGGAUGAGAAUAGAGGUAGUAGUAACUUGCCAAAGAACACAAGGGACUAAAAUUAUACCAUUUGUUGCAUAUUCAUGUUCGUAUUCAAUCUUUUCUCUUUUGAAUAGUAUUAUUUUAAAAAUUGGAGAUAGUUCAGUGUGCAAAAAUUAGUUUUUUCUAUUAGUUUUUAAUCUUUAAGAAAGUUUUUGAAUACAAUAAUAUCGCAUUGACAAGAAUUUUUACACAACAAACAUGGAUUAUUAGUCGGAUGAGUCACUAUCUUGAUUCAUUUGAAUUAUAUUUUACUCCUUUCAUGAAUUUUGUUAAGCUGGACUUGUGUUGACAUAUAAUUUGUGAUGUAAACCAUGACUACAGAAAGUGUCAGCAAAGAAGUCCAAUGAAGGAGGAGCCUGUCAGUGGCGUGUUCUUCAACUAGCCAAUAAGAUCAUGCGGUGUUGCCAAGUUAUUCCCUUGCUUUGAGGCAUGGUCAAUACCAACUAGAAUACGAGAUCUGAGUGUCUGAGUAUAGUAGAUUAUAAGCAUAGAGUAUAAAAGAAAAUAUAAGUGGUUAAACAAUAUUCUUACAUUAAAUUUGGCAGUUCGACAGAAGUUGUUAAAAAUAGUGUGUGGUUGUCACGUUUAACAGCUGUUCAAUGUCUUUAAUAAAUACUUUAAAACAGUCCCUAAUAAAUGAAAACACAAUAUAACAACCAUGUAGUAUUGACAUUGAAAAACAGAUAGUUUCUGAGUACAUAUGUGUGCAUGACAAAGAGGAAUUAAUAUGUAAGUAGCUUUAGCAAAUUGUAUUCAUACAAGUCACAUCUAACCAUGAUGAUGAAGACAAAAUACUCUGUAACUAUUAUGAAAAGUCAAUGCAUAGAGAAUGUCCCUGGACAUUUUUAAUUACUCAAUAUCCCUUUAUUUACUGUACUAGACACAAAAUCAUGUUAUAAACUAUUUUUAAGGAUAGGCAUAAUGAUUAACAAGGAGCAUAAUGUACGGAAGACAAUAAUGAAAAUAGUCACAAGUUUAUGUGACUUUUUUAAAGUAAAAAUAGAAAGCUCAAUAACUCUUGAGAUAGUAAUCUGAUCAAUUCCUAAAUAGGUCAAGAUCUGUUAAUGCGCACAACUCGUAACAUUUUUUUCAAUACAGCUGUUUAACACUAAAACAAUUUUAUACAUUACUCUGCAUUAUUGAUGACUACUGUGAAUGAGGUUUACAGUGUUAUCAUGAAAUGUCAAAUGUCUUUUCGCUAUAAAGAAAACAAACCUGGAACUGGCCAGCCUGGCUUUUGAACUUUACGUGAUAUGCACUAUUUUGAGGGAUAUUUGUUAUGUAAUUAUUAAAUAAUUAAUAAUUGCAUGCAUUUUAUGAGUAUAAUUUGAUUAUUUUUAUUAUUGCAGUUUUACGAAAUGGCCUAAUUUGGUGAUAUUAUAUAAAAUCUUAAUGACUAUGAAACUGCAACUUAGGGAAUUGUCAAACUUCACUAAACUUUGAGUGGCAUCCACGAUCUCAAGCUCACAGACUGUUGUCAUAAUUAAUUAUCAUGUAAUUUUGUCUGGUUCAUACCAGAUGGGCAGAUAGCUAACACAAUAAAAAUAUAUCAAGAUUUGAUUUGAGUUAGUAAUGCUUUAAUACCGUGUAAACUGGAAAACUUACUUGAUGCUCAUUAGCGUAAUGUAUUUUAUUGAAUUUAUUAUUACCUGAAGUUUAUUAUUAUUGAACAAGAUCAAAUUAUAACAGUUGCAACACUGCAUUGGGCUCAAGUGGUGCAACAAAAUACUGCUUUAGUUUAGCCGAGACUUUAUAUUCAGAUUGGUAUUUUUAUUUAUUUAUUUUUUAAAAAUCUAAUUUAAGCCUCAGCGACAGCUAUGCCAGCUUUGAAGUGCACUGGUUUUUUUUUUUUUAUUACAUGAUUGGACCUCCCCGGGAUUUUAACCCAUGAUCUCUCGGUUAGAGAGACAAGACUAUAACCAUUAGUCUACGGAGGAGAACUAAAAGAUAGGUAUUGGUCCAAAUAUUUAUUUUAACAUAUUUUGACAGUAGCCAUCAGCUGUUUGAUGUGGCAACCAUAUGCUACUUUGUGAUUGGCUAUCUCUCAAAAAGACUUCUUUUGUGGCACUUGAUAUAAGAGAUUCAUUUUGCAUCUCAUGUUCAUGUUGUUGGUUUGAAAUUAAUUUCAACUAAAGGUGUUUGUAUAAUUUUUAGUAAAAUAAAUUCUUUUCAGUAUUAACAAUUUAAAAAGAGUGAGUUACAAUAUUUUGUUAUUUUAUCCAUUAUUGUUUCAAUGUUUCUUUUUUAGUUUAUUUUUUACAAUAUUAUUAUUAAAGUAUCCUGUUAUACUGUAUCGUAGUGUUUCAUAAGUUUUGUUUUACUCAUAACAAAUAAAUAUUUAUUUUUUUA